AUGGCUGUGGGUGAGGCCCUGGUGCAUAUGAGGAUCACUCUCCUGAAACUCUGCCUGAGCAUCUUGCUCUUCCUUUCUGGAUGGGCCCAGAUUGGGCACUCUCAACACCAUAGCCUCCCAGAAGUAGUGAUACCCUUGAGGAUWACUGGCACCCAUAGRGKMWUGAGACCCCCUGACUGGAUCUCCUACAGUCUGUACUUUGGAGGCSAGAAACACAUUGUCCACAUGAAGGCCAAGAAACUUCUGGUGUCCAAACCCUUCUCUGUGUUCACCUACACAGAYCAGGGUGCUCUGCUCGAGGACCACCCUUUUGUCCAGAGUGACUGCUACUAUGACGGCUUUGUGGAAGGGGACCCAGAAUCCCUAGUUUCUCUUAGCACCUGUUUGGGGGGCUUUCAAGGAAUGCUAGAGAUCCAUGACAUUGUUUAUGAAAUCAAACCCAAAAGACUUUCUGCCACAUUUGAACAUCUGGUUUAUAAGAUGCAGAGAGAGAAGACACAAUUCSCACCCAUGAGAUGUGGACUAACAGAAGAAGAACUAGCACGACAACUGAAGCUCCAAAGGCGUGAUAAUUCCAUUCUGAGGCAAAGUGGCUAUAAAGGGUGGUGGACCCACAAAUGGUUUCUAGAAACAGUUUUGGUUGUAGACUAUAAGCGAUUCCUUUAUAAGAAAAGUAAUGUCUCACUUGUAUUAGAGGACGUAUUUGUCAUUGYCAAUCAUAUACAUUCCCUUUUAAGUCCAUUGGAUGUUGAUUUGUUUAUACUUGGAAUUGAGGUCUGGAAUGAAAAGAAYCUUCUCAAUGUCACUAAUGACAUGGUUCAAGUCCUGGAACUGUUUUGCGACUGGAAGGUAGCCAGUCUAAAUUCUCGCAUAAAAAAUGAUAUUGCACAUUUUCUGGCACACCAAACUUUUGAUAGGUAUAUUGGCUUAGCCUAUGUUGGAACUGUUUGUAUACCUCCUUAUAAUUGUGGAAUUGAGAGUUUCCUGGGAGAUAAAUUGUAUGAUAUUUCACUUGUCAUAACACAUGAAAUGGGUCAUAAUCUGGGUAUGCAUCAUGAUGCACCAGAAUGUAAAUGCGAGCAUCGUGUUUGUAUCAUGCAUGCAUCAGAAAUGGAAGGCUAUAGAUUCAGCAAUUGCAGUUAUGCUCAAAUGUGGAGUACCUUUCCAGUUCUGAAUUGUAUGCACAAUGCACCAAACCAAGCAGACAUCAUCAGGUGGACAGUCUGUGGGAAUGGUGUGGUUGAAAGAGGAGAGGAAUGUGACUGUGGAUCCCCAACUUUGUGUUCAAACCAUCCAUGUUGUUCGGAAAACUGCACUCUGAAAUUUGGGGCUGAAUGUGCCUCUGGGCUUUGUUGUGAAGACUGCCUUCUCUUGCCACCAGGUMAAGUGUGUAGAGAAAAUGUCAGUGAGUGUGAUCUUCCAGAGUGGUGCAAUGGCACCUCACCUGAGUGUCCAGAAGAUGUGUAUGUGCAGGAUGGGGUCCGUUGCAUGGGCGGUGGCUACUGCCAUGAGAAGAGAUGCAAUGCACGUGAYGAACAGUGCAGACAGAUCUUUGGCAAAGAAUCCAGGAGUGCACAGGAGAGUUGCUACACAGAAAUGAACAGCCGAGGUGACCGCUUUGGUAACUGUGGUCUCGUUGGUGAAAACUAUGUGARGUGUAAUAAAUCAGAUUUCCUCUGUGGAAGAGUUCAGUGUGAGAAUGUGAAAGAAAUUCCCUUUUUGAGAAGUCACACUACUGUGCAUUGGAUUGACUUCAAUGGUGUGACCUGCUGGGGUACCGACUAUCAUUUGGGGAUGACUGUACCAGAUAUUGGUGACGUGAAAGAUGGCACAGAGUGUGGUGCUGAACAUGUGUGCAUCCGCCAGAAGUGUGUCUCUAUGUCGCUGUGGACAAGUGAUUGUUCGCCAGAGACCUGUGAUAGGAAAGGGAUCUGCAACAACAAACAUCACUGCCAUUGUGACCCUAACUGGGAGCCCCCUUACUGUAUAAAAAUAGGCCAUGGAGGGAGUGUUGACAGUGGCCCACCUCCUGGGAAAACAGUGCAAGAGUGGAURAAGAAGAAGAAAGGUCCUUUUUUUUUAUUUCCGUUUUUGGUUUUGUUUAUGAGUUUGUUACUUUUGCUUGUAAAGAUGCACAAAGCACCACCUAGGAAAAAAGAGAAACGUGUCCAACCUUCACCUGAGAAGAAAGAGUUGGGUGAUCAAACUUCACCCGAGGUGGAACAGCUGAGGGAUCACACUUCACCUGAGAUGGAACAGCUGAGUGAUCACACCUCACUUGAGAUGGAACAGCUGAGUGAUUAA